GAAUGUUGAUCAGUUUUUUUUUUUUUUUUUCACUUUUCAAAUGAUUAUGAUCUUUGUUCCUCUUCAGAUCUUGAUUGUUGUUGUUUUUUUGUUUUUUUGUUUUGAACUUUUCCGCACUACCUUUCAACGGUCACUAAUGCUCAGUUUAUAUAUUCACCGUCCACUGGCCUUUAUGUAUCGCUAUCAUUUAGUUUGAGAGGCUUCAGAGGAAACUCUACUUCAGAAGCUCUACAUUUUCGGAUUGGGAAUCCAUUUUCUCAGUGUCUACAUAUGGUAGAAUCGGAUCGAUUCAGUUAACCAGAGCGUUGGUGUUGAACGAAGGAUCAGUUUGAAAGGCUUCAGAGGAAACUCUCCUUCAGAAGCUCUACUUUUUCGGAAUUGGGAAUCCAUUGAGAUCGACUCACUUAGUUGCGUUGACGUUGAACGAGAUUAAUGUAUCUAGGUCUUCAAAUGGAUGCAAUGCUAAAGUUGAACUUCAAUAUAAGAACUGUUCAAGAAAAUGGAUUCUUCCCUGGGGUUGCACUUACCAUGGAAAUUGGUAAUGUGAGAAUGGAGAACCUCAUCAUAAUCUAAUUUUCUUUUUAUACAGUUGGUUUGUAUGUAAUAAGCAAUUUUGAAUUUUUGUAUCCAUACAGGAGCUGGGUCAUUCCUUCUGAUUAUCCUCUAGAGAUGAAACCUUAUCAGCAAAACUGCUUUGCAGAUACCAUCUGUGAAGACCUAUCUUUCUUUCUCUACCUCUUCUCUAUAUUUUUUAUUUGCACUGAAUUGACUAGCACAAAUUAAGAGUUUAAGGGGUUAUACAUAAGUUCUUGUCAUUGUUUCCUAGGUUGAAAGUAAAUCAUGGGAAUUUCCAAAUUGAGAUACCUGAGAGUGUGAUCCACAUACCUCUCAUCUACCUAUACCAAAAGAUCUGAUAAAGUGAAAAACAUAUUUACUGUGGGAAAGCAAGGGCAAGCCAAUGAGCUCACUGCAACAACAAAUGUGGUUCUGCCUUUUGCAAUUGACAAUAUCUCAAUCUAUCAAAGACUUCUACAAAGAAUUAAAUAACUAUUUCAUACUUGCAUGUUACUUAGCACUCCCUUCUAUGGCCAUUUAUUUGACAGUUUUGUUUCUUAAUUUAGAUGCCCUUCUAUGGCCAUUUAUUUGACAGUUUUGUUUCUUAAUUUAGAUGUGACUUUUCAAGAGAGCGUAUUCUACACUUAUUUUUGCUCUCACCUAAUUAAGAAAACCAGGGUUUUUUUGGUCUUUCUCUCCUUGUUAAAAUGAAUAACAUGUGUACAUAGAUGGUCAUGGUUCUCAAUGAAAAGUGAUUGAGAGUUGCAAAGGACAAUGUAUGUUUGUGUAGUCUGUCUUUUCUUUUAAGUUUUAAGAAGGAAUAUCCUGCACACUUGUUUAGGAGAAAUUGAGCAAUGUAUCUACUGAUUAUUUAAUGCAACAUGUAGAGCAUUCAUCUAUCUACCUAGGGGUUUAGCCCUGUAUACAUUUAAAACAGUUCAUUUAUUAUCUCAUCUUCCUUUUACUAUGGCACUAGUUAUAUUAAUGGGCUUGUGCCCAAACUCAAGUUGUUCUGCCAAGGGUGCCUAUGCAUGUGCUAGACAGCCUAUACCAUAUAACAACCCAACUUUAGUUGUCCUCUCAAUUCAACUGAUGUUGAAUUAUUGAACUUUCACAAAUAAACUCACUAGAGUUUUCAUAAUUUCUUUGGAAGUGUCACCAUAGUUUGGUGUUGGUUUUUUAUAUCUCUAAUGCAGCAAGACUAUGAAGAUGGUUUGAGGGAGCUUCAGAGUCAGUUGUCAAAGUGAAUUUCCUUACAUGAAUUGCAAAGUAAUAUUCUUAAUGUAGGUGCUAAAGCUAUGGCUGGUAAUAAUGCACAACCUAGCUGCCAAACACCUUUGACCAUAGGAAGCAUUAUGUCAGGAAGUGGUUAUAAAGACAUUCCUAGGGACGCACCAAAAUGGCUGGUUUUCCUUUGAUGAAUGAGAAGUGUAUUAGAGGAGAUAACGUGAUCCUGCAGCAAAGUUAUUGUGUUGACAACUACAACAUGGUGGUUAGUUUUCUUUUGAUGAAAUUGUGGUUAUGCUAAAGAGAGUGAACAAUGUGCUUGGAAACUCUUUGGACCUUGAUUUUUAGCUAACACUGGGUCACUUCUCUGUAUAAGUUGGCUUGUCAAAUUGCAUCAUGAUCAAAUCCUAUUUCAUGGUGAAGCUUGUGGGGAAUCUUAUCUGACAAUUUGUUAGUGUUCCUAAACUCUGGAUUAAAUGAUUAAUGGCAUUCUUCUUACUGGAAAUUUUUCUGCAUGUACAUAUGUAUUUUGAUAUCUAACUAUAAUAUAAAAGGAAGAGCGAUUCCAACUAUAACAUUUUGUGCUUCUAAGAAUCAUUUUCUUUUUCUCUAUUCUAGACUGAUUGUAGAAGCACAUUGGAAGUUGGUUGCCAAACUUACACAAAAUUUUAAGCAUUUAUGCACCCCUGUAGUGUGGCACCACUUUAAUAUCUGUGUUUUUAACUUGACCAAGUAAAACUAGAUCUUGCUGACAAACAAUAAAUGGAUUUAAUUUAGACUCCCCGCCGCUAAAAUAUGGAUGAGAUUCAGGUAUUACUUUAAUGGAUUUGAAUUCUAUGGACUUUGAUGAAUUCAAGUAUUUUUUGAAUCUUUUGAUUUUAUUUCCUAUUUUAGUUCAUUUUUGAAAAUGGUCGGGGCUGAUUAUGGCAUAGUGGUUGCUACAAACAUGAAAGGUGUUACAGUGCUUCACUGAGGUGAAUCAAAGUUGUCCCCUGGGGAAUGGUUGUUGGGCUUUAUCACUGGUUGUCAGGCCCCUCCACCAGAGAUCUUGCAUGGAAAAUCAAAGCUGCUUGAUGGAGCAUGUCAGACCUAUUUUACUGACAUGUUGAUUGGAAAUGGAUUCUUCGAGGUUAACAUAAGCAAAGCAUUUGUUUUUAUCAUACACACACACACACUUUAUCCUGACUGCACUUGUUAUAGUUUGUCGAUAUUAAUUUGCAUCAAAGGUAGUUUCUGGGCCCACCAUUUGUCAUAUGGUCAGGUGGUCAUGGAUAAAAGUAAUGGAUCAAAUUUCUCAACAGGCCUAUAAGCUAUGAAUCCACAUGGAAAGAAUUCCAAUUCCAUGGCAUUCAGAAAUGUUGCUUUAUAUGUGGAAUUGUUUUGGUGGACUUGAAGCAUUGGAAUAUCGAAAUACAAGGGUGCAAACAUAGUUUUAAAAAGCUCAGGGCACACCAAGGUGCAAGGUCCUCCAAGAGCCUAAGGCGCAAGAUGCACAUAAGGUAAGGGCUUUAGUGAAGUGAGCCACGACCUAUUUUACAUAUAUAAUAUUGAUUUGCAAUGAACAUAAUAGAAAUCAAUAUUUGUAGAAGGAAUAGAUCUGUCACUAAAAACAUAAGAGUUUAUUCAGUUUUCAGCAAACUUCUUGGGUUAGACCCCACUCAGAGAGGUUAACUGAAAAUUUUAAUAAAUUAAUGAACAUGAAUAAACCACUAGCUAUUGGGAGAUGAAUGCAAUAUUCAAUCUUAAGCAUUUAUGUAUUACUACAGCAUUUGGCAAUGUAAUCAGAAUGAACAGUCAAAUGAGUAUCAACAAGGGCUGUGUAGCUCAAGCAGGUUGCUUUCAGCGGAGAAAAAAAUCAAAAUUCUAAGAGAAGCACUUUCUAAGAGGGGUUGUUUGUCCUUGACAAGUUUUGCAGUAUUAGUGAAGACGUGAUAUGGAGAAACAAUAUGAAGACAAUUUCUUGAAGAGGAACCCAGUCAUGGAAAUGUUAAUAGAAGCGACCUACUGGAAGGUGGUCUUGUGUGGAGCAGGUGAAAUUGGUCGUAUUGAGGAGUAAUUAUAACGUGCAGGGCUGUACAAGAGAAUGGAGUCAUUAAAGCGAACGUGAAGCCCCCAUGUUAGUCAAAACGCGUGGGACCUCUUUGUCGCGCGUGUUGCGUAAUGCAUGGAAUGUCAUACUGGGUUCACAUGUUCUUCCUUAGCUUAAUUGAGCACACACUGCGUUUGCCUCCUCAUCUUCUGGAUCUUUCUCUCGAUAAAACCAUACAAGGAGAGCUUGAGAAUCAAUUCUUAGAUAAGGUUAUUGCGGAUUUGGGGCUGUGUAUCUCUGUUUAUGAUAUCAGAUCUAUUGACGGUGACUUUGUCUUUCCUGCGGAUGGUGCUUCAACCUAUACGUAUCUCUUGGAUUCUUUGAAGACGUCUACAGACUGGUCCAUCUUAUGCCAAAUCCAUCCCACUUGUUCUACUUUUUUCCUUUUAUGGAAUUCCAGGAGUCAAGUCAUAUGGAUACGGGAUAAUCAAGAACAAAAAUUUCCUAUAGAUGGGAUAGACAAGAUAAGGUUCCAAGUUCAGAGUGUAAGUUAUUCUCCAGUUCCAGUUGAGCAACCAAAAGAGUCAAAGCCAUUUGCCCCUAUGGUGAUUUUAGUAUAUAUAGAUGUGCCCCACUGGAAGAUGAUGCCAGCUUCAGAUUAUUAUGGCUUGUUUUCUUCUUCCAGUCCAAUUUCAAUGCUGGAUCACUUGAUUAUGAUGGUUUAACUCCUGUUUCAUGGUGUUGAUCUGUUAAAAGAAAAGGGAAAAGCAGCAGGAACAGUGAAGGAAAUCAUACCCCUACCUUGAUUUAAAUUUUCUUAUCAUAGGAGAUAAAUAUUAAAUUUUAGAAACAGUUUCUCAUUUUGAUUGGAAGGGGAAACUGCUAUUAACGUAGCUCCGGCUUUGAUCAAAAAGAAAUAUCUUCUGAUAACGUAUUUAAA